AUGCAUUUAAUGGAAUUCGCAUGUAAUAAUAGCUAUCAGACUGUCAUUGGCACAUUGCCAUUUGACGCCCUAUAUGGAAAGAGUUGCAAGUCUCCAGUAUGCUGGGGUGAGGUUGGUGAGAGGAAGUUGCUAAGUCCUGAGCUAGUGCAGACCAUGAAUGAGGCAAUACAUAAGAUCAGAGCUCGUAUGCAAACAGCUCAGAGCAGACAGAAAAGCUAUGCUGAUGUGGGACGUAAGGACCUGGAAUUUGAGAUUGAUGAUAAAAUGUUCUUAAGGGUGGCACCUAUAAAAGGUAUUAUGAGGUUUGGCAGGAAAGGGAAGCUGAGUUCGAGGUAUGUGACAGAUCCGUCCCAUGUAGUUGACUUUGAGCCCUUACAGUUGAAUAACAACUUGAGCUACGAGGAGAAGCCUAUAGAGAUCCUUGCCAAAGAGGUAAAAACACUGCGCCGUCGGGAAAUUUCUUUUGUGAAAGUCUUGCAGCAGAAUCACCAGUUCAAGGAGGCUACCUUGGAGCAAGAGGAUGAGAUGAAGAUCCAGUACCCGGAGCUUUUUCAAGAAUGA